UUUGUUUACUCUCAUGAAAACAGUCGAGCCGAUCACGCCCUUUCUUGUCCGGGACGGAUUAGCUUCUACUUGAAUUGCUUCCAGUUAGCUUUGAUCGGAAAACUUCUUAAUACUUUGCAAUGAGCUUCACAAGGAUUCCGAUGUUAGGCUUGUUUUGUGCAAGAAUUGGGACGAGACAUCUGCAGGGUGUGUGUGCACUGACAUCCCCGGUGCGAUAUUACAACAAGAUAUACACCAAGACUGGGGACAAAGGUACAAGUGUUACUUUCACUGGAGUGAGAAAGCCAAAAGACAAUGCAGUUUUUAAGGCAUUGGGUACAACGGAUGAAUUGUCCUCUGCCAUUGGUCUGGCUGCAGAGUUCUGUAGUGAGGCCGGCCACCCAAUGGAGGAUAGAUUACAGAUUAUUCAGUGCGUGUUACAAGAUGUUGGAUCAAACAUUGCCACCCCGCUGAGCUCUGCGAGGAAUGCACAUCUUCAAAAAGUGAAGUUCAACCACAAGUUUAUCCACGAGAUGGAGUCCUGGAUUGAUGAGAUGACCGAGGAGUUGCCUCCGCUGAAAAACUUCAUCCUCCCGUCUGGUGGCAAAUCAGCGUGCAGUCUCCAUUUGGCCAGGUCUAUUUGCCGGAGAGCUGAGCGCAGCAUGGCCCCUCUUGUCAGAGACGAGGAAAUUGACCCAGAAACUCUGAAGUUCGUUAACAGACUGAGUGACUUUUUGUUCACUGCUGCCCGCUACGCUGCGAUGAAGGAAGGAAAGGAGGAGAAAAUUUACCGCCGCAUCGGGGAAUUGCCUUCUCAGGACGACAAGAAAAAAGACUAGACAAGAUUUUUAUUCCAGAUAGACGACAAUUCAGUUUGAGCUAUUGUACUUGAAUCUUGACAAAGUGUUAAUAUUUUGUGAUAUACUCAUUGCAUGUAAAUCUUGGUUUUUAAAAUUUUCCAUGAAUGUUCUGAGAUUAUGUAUGUCAUUUCUCAAAUGUACUCAAAGAAACAUUUUUCUUUCCUUUUUGUCUGGAGCUGUCAUUUUUCACCCUCUGUCUAUGUCUCAGGGUGAGCUGUUUCUCACAGCGUACAUUACUGGGAUUUACACACAUGGUUGAGUACUUCUGACUGGUCCUAGUACUCUCCUGUACUUUCUGUAGUCUUUUAGGAAGUGUUUUACGGCACUUGCAACUCAAUAAGGUCAUUUUGUGCUGAAGAUUAGAGAUGUUACAAG